GGGCGUCCCGGGCAGCCCCCGCCCCUCCCCCGUGUAGAGCGAGGGGGAGCCGGGCAUGCUGCCGCCGCCGCCCCCCAGCGCACGAAAAUGCCUGAAGCAUCAGAAGAUCAUAUCCACUGGAAGACUUAUUGACUUCCAUUCUUGAGAAUCCCAGAACAACAUCAGUCUGGCAUGGCGCAGGGCAGUCAGCAACUUGAUGUGCAGGUACUCCAUGACCUCCGGCAACGUUUCCCUGAGAUUCCAGAAGGGGUGGUGUCUCAGUGCAUGCUCCAGAACAACAACAACCUUGAAGCAUGUUGUCGAGUCCUUGCGCAGGAGAGCAGCAAAUACUUAUAUAUGGAGUACCAUAGCCCUGAUGACAGCAGAAUGAACAGGAAUCGCCUUUUGCACAUUAACCUGGGUAUUCAUCCCCAUACCAGCUACCAUGCAGGGGAAGGAGCUCAACUUAACGGUGGUCGUACACUGGUACAUAGCUCAAGCGAUGGACAUAUUGAGCCACAAUGCGCAGCAGGUAAACAGCUGAUAUGCUUAGUUCAAGAACCACACUCUGCUCCAGCUGUUGUGGCAGCUUCUUCUAAUUACAAUCCAUUUUUCAUGAAUGACCAGAAUAGAAAUGCAGCUACUCCUCCUCCGCAACCAGCUCAACAGCCAUCUUCCAUGCCACCAGGAAUGAACACAUCUGCUAUGCAAGGCCCUCAUCCUCCUACAUAUAUGCACAUACCUCGGUACAGUACAAAUCCUAUUACUGUUACAUUAUCGCAAAACCUCCCCUCUGGACAAACAGUACCCAGAGCUUUACAAAUUCUUCCACAGAUUCCAAGCAAUCUUUAUGGGACUCCUGGUUCUAUAUAUAUUAGGCAGACGUCUCAAAGUUCUUCAGGACGACAGACUCCUCAGAAUGCACAGUGGCACUCUUCUCCACAAGGCCCAAUUCCACAUUAUACUCCACGCCCGCUACCUGUUUAUCCACAUCAACAGAACUACCAACCUUCACAGUAUUCUCCUAAACAGCCCCAGAUCCCUCAGCCAGCUUAUCAAUCACCACCUGCAUCUCAGUGUCCUUCUCCUUUUGGCUCUCCUCAGCAUCAGGUACAGCCUACCCAAUUAGGUCAUCAGAGUUCACAUGUGUUUAUGCCUCCUAGUCCUUCAACUCUUCCACCCCAUCCAUAUCAACAAGCGCCCCAAAGUUAUCAAAAACAGGGUGGUCACUCAGUAUCUUAUCUCCCUUAUGGACCUAGCUUAUCCAAAGGUUCUAUGAACAAGAUAGAAAUUACAGUUGAGCCACCACAAAGACCUGGGACUGCAAUGAAUAGAAGUCCUUCACCAAUAAAUAAUCAGCCAUCUCAACGAAACCAGCACCCGCUGUAUGCAGCCACUACUCCAUCUUCAGGCUCUCCUUCAAGAGGUAUGUCAGGUCAACCAAAACCACCAUUUAAUGUUAAUCCAUUAUAUAUUACCUACACACAACCAACUGGACCUACAGGUGCACUAACACAGUCUCCCCGGGUAAUGGUAUCUCAGCCAAACUCAACAGUAUUUAAAAUCACAGUAGGUCGAGCGCAGACUGAGAAUCUUUUAAAUUUAGUGGACCAAGAGGAGCGUUCUGCAGCACCAGAACCUAUUCAGCCCAUUUCAGUAAUACCAGGAUCUGGAGGAGAAAAAGGAAUCCAUAAAUACCAGAGGAGUUCCAGUUCUGGAUCAGAUGACUACGCUUAUACUCAAGCCUUGCUAUUACAUCAGCGAGCAAGGAUGGAGAGGUUAGCAAAAGAACUGAAGCUUGAGAAAGAGGAACUUGAGCGGCUGAAAACUGAAGUUAAUAGCAUGGAGCACAAUCUUAUGCAGAGGCGACUUAGAAGAGUAAACUGUACAACCUCAAUCCCAACACCUGAGGAAAUGACCAGAUUGAGAAGCCUGAAUAGACAGCUCCAGAUAAAUGUUGACUGUACUCUGAAAGAAGUUGACCUCCUUCAAUCUAGAGGUAACUUUGAUCCGAAAGCCAUGAGCAACUUUUAUGAUAAUAUAGAGCCUGGUCCUGUUGUGCCACCAAAGCCAAGUAAAAAAGAGCAUCAAACCAGCUCCAAACAGACUCCACAGACUCAGCCAAGAGAUGAAGACUUUGAAGGGGCUCCAUGGAACUGUGAUAGCUGCACCUUUCUGAACCACCCAGCGCUAAACCGCUGCGAGCAGUGUGAAAUGCCACAUUACACCUGAAUCUGGAAAGGGUCUGCAUUAGGUUGAAAACCAGUUCUUGAGCCCACAGCCAUAGGAGAAGGAAACAUGGGGAACCUUUCAGUCCAUCUGCCAGGCCUUUGUUAGUCAACUAUUUUCAGAUUACAAGGGGGGAGGAAAAGAUGUGAAACUGUUUCCACUUGUACUGCACUAAAGAAUAAAUUUAGGGAGUGGGGAGGGAAAUAUUCUUUUCUUAUCCCAUUGCAGUGAGCAAAGCAGAAAGGAUACCCAAAACCAGGAAAGGAUUCACUCUUUGAAGAAUGUAUACAGGAAAGCAGAUAAUUGCUGUUUAAUCCUGUGGCUGCAGUUACUGCUUAGUGGCUCUUAAUUUUUAAAUAUAGAAUUUUUAGUAAUGAUGUGAAAUAUUACAGUUAUCCCGACAAACUGAAGCCAUAGCUGACCUACCUGGUCCCAGCUAGCUGGAAAACAAAGGCUCCCUGUGCUUCUGGAUUGUAAACUACUGAAAAAGAAGACAGGAAAAUGCAACUGUAAAUUUUACAACAGAUAGAAAACAGAGAGAGGGGUAUUUGUAAUUGCUGCUUUUUUUCA